AUGGCAUCAACAGAGAACCCCAGCAUCCGGCCAUCCCUGGCCCGCUGUGAUGCCACAGACCCUUCAACCACACCCGAGAAGCUGGUUGAGAUCAUCAACCGCGAUGGGGGUGUCAUCGUCGAGAAGCUCAUCGCGCGUGAGCUCGCAGAGUCGAUCAAGAAAGACCUGAAGCCUUAUUUCGAUGAGGACAUCCCGGACAAGUACGGAUUCUUCCCGCCAACAACCCAGAGAGCGUCGGGGUUGCUGGGCAUCUCGGACGGGUGCGUGGAGCUCGCCUGCAACAAGCUCUACACUGAUGUGGCCAACAUCCUGGUCUCUUCUUCGUACACGUUCUGGAGGGAGGACCAUCAGAAGACUGUCAGCGGAAAGCCCAUCAUUUCAUCGACGGUGGGGUUCCGUGUGAAUCCAGGUGGAAAGCAGCAGGUUCUGCACCGUGACGAUAAUGACUAUCACCCUCACGACAAGAAGCUGCCGGUGAUGAUCGGUUGCGUCACGGCGUUGACCAAAACAACCGCUGCGAACGGCGCAACGGUGGUCAUCCCAGGCUCUCAUCUAUGGGGUCCGGAGCGUCGACCUUUCAACUCCGAGACGGUCCCCGCCGAGCUUGAGCCUGGUGAUGCCCUUAUCUUCCUCGGGAACACGUACCAUGCGGGCGGAGGAAACAUUACCAAAGACGAGUAUCGAGAGACGGUUGGCAUAUUCCUUUGCCAACCGACUCUUCGCCCCGCUGAGAACCAGUUUCUCAUGGUUCCUUUUGAGAAGGUCAAGAAGAUGAAGCCGCAAGCCCAGCGUCUUUUGGGUUAUGGCUUGUGUGAGCCGGGUGUCGGGUUCAUGAAGUACCAGGACCCCAUGAGGGUGCUGUUUGGGGUUGAAGACGAGGAGACGGUUGACUUUUAA